UCAUUGUUCAGUAUCCCUCCGAUGCGACACCGAGCUUAACGCUCGACACGCCGGCGGACGAUUCGCUUAAAAACCGUUGACGUGAAAUUUGUUUGUGCACGAACCCGUCGCUGUUAUUACUAUUCGAGUAGUCGUUGUACAGUUGUCAUAAAAAUACGAAAAAAAAAAAAAAUUAAAUAAAAAAAAAAAAACUAAAUUCUGGAAGUGCGUUUUCCGCAAAACGUUGCUGACCGGCUCUGUUGCCCCGGCAGAGGUUAUCAGUGGCAUUAUUGCUGUUGCUGGUACGUGAAAGGCCACAUUCACACGAUUACACGAUUACAGGUGACCGCAUGGAUGUAACUAUUUAUUAGUAAAUGGGCACGUAUCGAUUGUGACGUUGUAGUCGAGACCGGACUUGGUGAAAAGUGUUUGUUUCAGAUGCCAUAGAAUGGAACGAAUAUGGAGGCUGCUACAAGCGGCUUCCUUUCUCGUACCGUUACUACAAAACGUGCUAUCAGAUAGUUCAGACGUGUUUGAAAAUGGAAAAUCAGACAAAGAGAUACUUGAUAAUUUGGUGAACCCAAACAGAUAUGACAAAAGAUUAUUGCCACCAGUGGAUGAUCAAGAUUUUUGUUGCGGUAUGAAAACGCCUCAAGACGUGAGAGUGAUACUUCCUUCGGCAAACAGACAUCCUAUUCGUAAAGGGCCCUUAUUAGUAAAUGUCAGUGUGCUAUUACUCAGUCUGGCCUCGCCCGACGAGUCUAGUUUGAAGUACGAGGUUGAAUUUUUACUGCAACAACAAUGGUAUGACCCUCGUCUGCGGUACUCGAACCAAAGCAGGUAUGAUUUUCUAAAUGCUAUUCACCACCACGGGGAUAUUUGGGUGCCGGACACGUAUUUCAUCAUGCACGGCGAUUUCAAAGCAUCGCUAAUACCAGUACACUUUUCUCUGAGGAUCUACAGGAACGGCAGUGUCCAUUAUUUAAUGAGACGCCAUUUGAUCCUGUCUUGCCAGGGUAUAUUGAACAUAUUUCCGUUUGAUGAUCCGCAGUGCACGUUUUCAAUGGAAAGCAUAUCAUAUGAAAUGUCUGCUAUAAAAUAUGUGUGGAAAAAUGAUGAAAGCACUUUGAAGAAGUCACCAUCGUUAAAAACCUUAAAUGCAUACUUAGACCGAAAUCAUACAACCGAAUGCCCAUCUACUGGCAGUUGGAGAGGUAACUAUAGCUGCCUUGAAGUGAAUUUGAUUUUUACCAGAGACAGAGCAUUCUAUUUUACUACGGUUUUCAUACCUGGUAUAAUAUUGGUGACUUCAUCAUUCAUCACGUUCUUUCUUGAAUGGAAUGCAGUGCCGGCAAGAGUAAUGAUAGGUGUAACUACAAUGUUGAAUUUUUUCACCACAUCAAACGGUUUCCGAAGUACUCUGCCAGUGGUAUCAAAUUUAACAGCCAUGAACGUUUGGGAUGGCGUGUGUAUGUGUUGUAUAUACGCCAGUUUAUUGGAGUUCGUAUUAGUAAACUACGUGGGACGAAAACGUUCAGACUGGCCGUUACCAAUUGUAUACCAGAAUCAAGAUCGAGACUACAAACAAAUAACGCAACGUUACUUAAAUCGACAAGAUGCAAAUCAGAUUAGUUAUGAAAGUUAUGUGGAUAACGAGAAAUAUUCAAUAUACAGUGACAAGACCCAAGGGGAAUGUUCCAGUUGUGGGCAAGGGGCGUGCACACAUUCGUUAUUACACAACACCUGCCCAUCAAAAACAGAAGAGCAAAAUAUCAGAAGCAAUGGCGGCAACAAACGUAAAAUGCCACCACACCCGAUACGGAUCGCUAAGACCAUCGACGUCAUCGCUCGCAUCACAUUUCCGACGGCAUACGCAGUGUUUCUGAUAUUCUUCUUUAUCCAUUACACUAGUCAUCCAAGCCAUUGGUCCCAGUAGACAUAUUAUUAUGUAUUAUACGGGUGGCUCAAGAAGCUCAACGUUUAUAUAUAGCAAUAUAAUAAUAAUUUAAUAUAAUGUUAUUUUAAAUACGAUCAAUACCGGUAUUGUUUACAACUUUGAAUUGGACUAAUAAAUGAAGGGGUCCAGUAAAAUUAAUCUAGAUCUAGAAACAAAAUAAUUUAGGCUUGAGAAAAAAAUCUCAUACCACGGACAAAACAGCAUUUCUAAAAUCUAAUAAUAUUAUUAAAUAUCGACAAGUUGUUUGGGGCAGUUGUGUUUAAUUGUAUCAAAAAAAUAAAAAUUCAUUAAAAUACAGUUAGUUUUGCUAAAACCCAAAUAGUGAAUAGUAUUUAUUAUAUUAUUCAAAAAAACUACAAAUAUUUCUUAAUUGUAGUUUUUGCAUUGGACUUUUAAAUUAUUUUGGUACCGUGGAUAUCUUUUUAGGGUUACCAUCAAGACAUAUUUUAGCAUUAUAACCAAGAGUUAUAUUUUCAGAAGUCACUCGAUGAAAACAAAAUAAUUUUAAAUUGUAAAAAGCAUUACAUUACGGCCACAAAAAUAGUCCCGUCUAAAAUUUUAGUUAGAAAAUUAAAACACAUCAUAAAAAUAUUAUACUAGUCACAAUAUUAUAUUUGGUAGGCUCGUACGUUUAUUGUUUAAUAAAUUACCACGAUGUCGAUAUAUAUAUAUAUAUAUAUAUAUAUUAUAGAUAUGAAGAUUGUUUUUCCCGUUGUUUGAGAUUCAUUUUUUCAAGAUUUUUUACCCAUUAGAAACCGAUAGUUAUAUAUAAUAUCGUAUAUAAUAAAUAUAAUACUAUCAGAUAUUCCGGCAAAUGGCAGGGGUCGAUGUGCAGUAUUUUUGUGAUCGUAAAGUGCAGAAGUUAUCGAACGACAGUUGUGUGUCUGUACAGAUAUCAACGCAUCACGCAUUGACUUCAUUAUAUAAGUGCAAUGUGCAUAGGUGCAUAAUAUAACGGUUUAAGUUACGCGUAGGUGUACUACACGGAUAUUGUAGACUUCAAAGUAUAAUUCACGUAUUUUAUUUGAUUAUAAAUUCAAUGUGUCAUAUACUCAUGUGAUAAUUUAGUAGCAUUUGCUCGUUUAUGAUUAUUGUAUUAGGUACCUACUACUAUUUCUUUUCUUUUGACAAUAAGUACUUUUUAGUAUUUUAAAUUAUAAUUCUCAUAACGCAUAAGGUAUAUUGUUAUAAUUAUUUCCCCUGUAUCUUCAUACACUAACAUGUCUAGGUACAUGUUAGAGUCCUGCUGUGUAUGUUUAAAAGUACCAAAUAAUUAUUAAUAAGUCUCUUGGACAUAUUAUACCUAGGAACAAUUUUUUCGGUGUACCUAUUCUAAAUUUAUAUGAUUUAUGAAACAUGGAAGUACCUAUACCUACUUAUCAUAAUUUCAACAAAUAUUUACCAUCCAAAUGUGUUUUGUAACUAAGUAGGUACCUACUUCAUUUUCUGGUUCUUCAGUUGUACGACGAUACUUUAAACAACAACAAAAUAUCAUUAAACUUUACCCGUUACGACACAACGCAGAUGGGUAAAUAUCUUAAUGGUACAUUUCGCCGUAACGUAAUUUCUCUAAAAUGAGUAUCGUGAAAAAAAUGUAACGUAAAAAUCAAAAGCGCCUUUUCAAAAUGUUUGAUCAUAUUCGUAUGAAAAUAGCUACAUAGUCGUGGACCAUAAAAUUAUAUUUACUUGUAGACAAUUAAUUGUUGUAAAGUAUACAGGUAAGACAUACUAGGCUCUCUUAAAAAAUGUUUCAUAAUACUAAUGUUCAGUGUUCGGGACGUUCACUAAAAAAAUUAAUUCGUUCAAAUUCACGUUCAGUUCACCAGGAACUCGUUCGUGUAUCGUUCACCGAACAUGAACGUGUGAACGUGCGUUCAUGAACGACGUUCUUUCCAAACACCGUUAGUAUUAUAGGUAUACUAAUUAUUAUAUAUGUACCUAUAUAUUGUAUUCAGUAUUCUAAUAGAAUAACAAUAAUUGAUCCGAUACGAAAUCGUUACAAUUUCUAUUGGUUAUUUUUUCAUUUAUUAUCAUAGCUCAACAAUAAUUUAUAUAAAUAGGUAUAUAUUGCGUUAUUUAUAGUCUUAUAGAUGAAAAUUGUAUUAAUAAUUCUAUUUCGAUCUGUUAAUACUUUCGGACAAUCAGAACCGUGUAUAUAUUGUGUACGUCUGGAUCUUUAACCUUUUCAAAAUGAUGCAGUUAACUUAAGACGCGCAUAGGUCAUAGGUGCAUAUUAUAUCAGUAAUAAUUCUAAAUACAUCAUUUUUUUUUUUAAUCUACGCAUCAGGAUUAGAUUUUAGUCUUUAAAAUAAUUGAAACCCGCCUUAUUCACGCCUUGUAUAAAACGUAGGUACCUUCACAUUUCACCAAAUAAGUACCGUACACCCUCCGAUAUUUAAAUUUCACGUACAGGGUCUAGUGUUUAAUAUUUUUGCAUCCAAUAUUUUCAAUGUUUCAAUAAAUAUAAUCUUAUUUUAAAAACAUGAAUAAAAAAAAUUAUAAAAGAAUACUGUCAAAAAAAAAACGCAUUACUGUUGUACGUCCUGUGUUAGUGGCUAUAUAAUAUGUACCUAGUACAAAGUUGUAUAAUAUGUGAUAAGUACCUACAUAAUAUGUACUAAUCAGUUGUCACAAUAAAAAAAAAUAAAAACGACAUAUUUUAUAAAUUGAACCAAUCAUCUGUAAUAUUCAUGAUUUUGUUUUUACGUUAGAACUAUGUCUUAAGUGCCAAAAUAUUCAUUUAGAAAAAUAGUUUGGGAGUAUAAUCAAGAAAUGUUUAGAAAUUGUCCAACUUAAGUAAUAAUAAAGUGCGAUUAUAAAAUAAAAAAAAAAUUUAUACAACACAAUAUAUAGUGUACACCACAGGUUUCUUUACCUACGUUGUUAAUUUUGCUUUGUGCAUAAGUGAUAAAAUUGACAAACAUUUCAUAAAUUAUCCACCAAUAUAUUAACAAUAAAGGUUUCAUUAAUUUAAAAUAAAAUGUCGAUUUUUAAA